AUGCUAUCAGAAGUUUCACCUCUGAGCCAGGAAGUAGUAAACGACACCAGAGUGACAGAGUUUAUCCUAAUGGGACUUUCUGAUCUCCCAGCCGUCCGCUUCUCCCUGUUUAUUGUCUUUUUGCUCAUCUACUUGGUCACCCUUGUUGGAAACGGCACCAUCCUUGUUGCCAUAGGAGCUGACUCCCACUUGCAUAACCCCAUGUAUUUCUUCCUCACGAACCUUUCCUUGCUUGACAUCUUCUGCCCCACAGCCACUGUGCCCAAGAUGUUGGAGAACCUCUUGACAGACAAUAGCGUAAUUUCCUUUGCUGGCUGCGUCUUGCAACUCUACUUCUUGGUGGCUCUGGCGGGGACAGAGGUCUUCCUCUUAGCCGUAAUGGCCUAUGACCGUUAUGUGGCCAUCUGCAAUCCUUUGCGAUACACCAUCAUUAUGAGCAAAAGGCUCUGUCUUGGGAUGGCUGCUGGUACGUGGAUCACUGGGUUCCUCAAUUCCUUGCUUCACACUGCGAUGACUUUCACUCUCCCUUAUCGUAAAUCCAACAGGGUCAAUCAAUACUACUGUGACAUCCCGCCAGUCUUGGCCUUAUCUUCUGCUUCCACUUAUGUGGCGGAGAUGGUUGUCCUCGUUGUGGGUGGGAUUUUUGGCACGGGAGCUUUCUUGAUCACAUUGCUCUCCUACACUCACAUCGUUGCCACCAUCCUAAGGAUCCGUUCCACAGAGGGGAAGCAGAAAGCCUUUUCUACGUGUGCUUCUCACCUUUUGGUGGUGUGUCUCUUCUAUGGGACCACCAUCUUCACUUACAUAAGGCCAUCCUCCAGCCACCAUCUAGAUCAGGACAGACUGGUGAGUAUGCUGUAUGGGAUGAUUACCCCUUUGUUGAACCCCUUGAUCUACAGUCUUAGAAACAAAGAGGUGAAAGCGUCCUUGAAGAGAAUGCUGAUCCAUAAACGGCGCUAG